GGCCGCCCACCGCGUCCCCCGAUUGGUUCCUGGUCGGGGAAGGACUUUUAGGGGUGGGGGGAGAUAAGAGAAGCUAUAAAAGCUCCAGGUUGGUCACCUGCAGCGAGUAGGAGCCAGUAUCGAAGAAGGGAGAGGGGCGCUAUCUUGGUUGAGCUGAUUCAGCGAGUCUUCUCCUCUUCCUCCUCCUCUCUUUUUCUCCAACAGCCAGAUCCGUGUCUUUGCUCAAGCCGAAGAAGUGGGCACAGAGAGAGAGAGAGAGAGAAAGAGAGAAAGAGAGAAAGAAAGAAAGAGGCACAGAGAGAGAGAGAGAGAGUCGAGCGAGCACGCCGCGCGAACUUGGCGGAAACUUAAGAGAAUGCGCCAAAAGCCCACGCUUCUGCUGCUGCUGGCGGUUGUUGCUGCUGCUUCUGCAUCCUAUGAAUUCGAGCAGAAUGACUCCUCCGUCAGCCCCAGGAAGGUCAGGCUUGCAGCCCAAAACUCAGCGGAUGUGGUUCGAUGUCUAAAUAGUGCCCUCCAAGUAGGAUGUGGGGCUUUUGCCUGUCUGGAAAACUCUACGUGUGACACAGGUGGCAUGUAUGACAUCUGCAAAUCUUUCCUCUACAGCGCUGCUAAAUUUGACACUCAGGGGAAGGCCUUUGUAAAGGAGAGUCUGAAAUGCAUUGCCAACGGCGUCACGUCCAAGGUGUUCCUGGCCAUUCGCCGAUGUUCCACAUUCCAGCGUAUGAUUUCUGAAGUGCAGGAAGAAUGUUAUAGCAAGCUGGACAUCUGUAGCGUUGCAAAAAGGAAUCCAGAAGCCAUCACCGAGGUGGUCCAACUCCCGAACCAAUUCUCCAACAGGUAUUACAGCAAACUUGUGAGAAGUUUGCUGGAAUGCGGAGAAGAAACCGUCGGGACCAUUAAAGACAGUUUGAUGGCCAAAAUUGGACCAAACAUGGCCAGCCUGUUCCAUCUCCUGCAGACAGAUCGCUGCGGCCAGAUUCAUCCGAGAGCAGACUUCAAUCGGAGACGCAUCGCGGAGCCUCAAAAGUUAAAAAUCUAUUUGAGGAAUCUCCGGGGGGAGGGACCUUCACCAGCCCACGUGAAGCGCGAGUCUUCAGAAAGUGUGUAAAUGUGCCACUGAAUGAGUAGAGAAUCCCAGUUGUACCAAACUAAGAAAUUGCUCCUUUUUUUUUUCCUUUUGCGUACCACAAUACAGCAGAAAUGUACUGUAACUGACUUUCUAAGGACAUUGAGCCAAUCUAUACAUUCAUUCAAACAAACAAAUGAAAGGGCAUGGCACUGUUUUCCUGCGACUGUACCCCUUAAAGGUUGGGUUGGGGAAAACGGCCUAUUUAAAGCUUAAUGUUGCAAAUGUACUCAUGCUUAAAUAGUUCUUUCAACAGUCUAAAAUAUUUCAUGAGGACCUCCUUUAAUUGGGAAAGAAUAGAAAGAAUCUACUUCUUCUCCCCUGCCAUUAAUCAUAAUAUAUUCUGAAGUGGUACUGUCAGGAUUAAUUGGUUCUCCAUGUUUUUUAUGGAAGUAUAGAUUGGUUCCUGGUCAUUGGCUAUAGAGUUUUUACUUCUCAUCCCCCGGUCCUGCUUCACCCUUCAAACAAACUGUAUGAAAAUAGAAUUCUGGUUAGGACUGUAUAAAAAGCUCCAUUCCAUCAUGGAAUGGUGGAUCCCUUGAUCUGCCCCAACAGGUCAAAUGAAUAUAAGCUUCUCUUGAAAAUGAUUGUAAGAGCACUUCAGCAAACACCAAACUUUCCUUUGUACUGUAGCUCAAGUGACUUGACAGUCGAGAUAGUGUAGAUAUAGUUCUGCUUAUCCUAAGUGGAAGACAAGAAUGGGGAGUCUUAAAACAAAACAAAAGAAGAAAUAACAAGAUGUAUUCUGAAGGUCUCAUUGGACCAGGGAUACAAAUGGUACUGUUCCUUAGACAAAUAUCAAUGUCCUAGCUAGACUCUGAAUCUCAGUGCUGCAAGGUUUAAGUUUCUCACUUUUGAGAGUUCCUGAGAUGACUGUGUUUAAUCAACAUUGACCUCUUCCACGGGUGGGCUUCAAAAAUUUUAUCAAGGGGUUCUCUGCCCGGUUGCUGGGUGGGCGUGGCCAUGGUGGGCAUGCCUAGUCAGCCUCCUGCACCAUGGCGAGAGGGAAAUUUUGCCCUACCCAAGCUCUGGAGGCUUUCCUUGAGCCUCCAGGAGGGUGAAAACAUCCUCCCCGAGCUCCAGAGGCCUUCUGGAGGCCAGAAACGAGCCUUCCCGAACUUCCGGUAGGCCCAUUUUUCGUCCUCUCUGAGCCUCCGUGCACGCCCUGCACUUACCUGCAUUCAAAAUGGGCCACGUGGGGACUCCUGGGAGGGGUGCGGCGGGAUGGGCGGAGCCAGCCAGGAGUGGGAUUUGGGGGUUCUCCAAACUGCACAGAAUCUUAGCUAGAGGUUCUCCCGAACCCCUGUGAACCCCCCAGCAGCCCACCCCUGACCAAUUCUGACCAUAAAAGAGGGUCUAACGGCAAAUGAGCAGUUCAUCUUGGAUCACUUGGAUCACUUUCCAAUUAAGUGAAGAAACAAAACAUUUUUGCUAGCCUGAGAACUGACCCAACAAACGGCUAAGUCUUAAACUUUUCUAACAACUAGAUCCUCCCCUUCGGGACUUCCUUAAAAAAAGGCAAUUUGCCAAAGAUUAGAUAUUUAUCUUUUCUUUUCUUUUUUUCUCCUUACGCUAUCCUGCAAUGUCUAGAGGUUGUAAGCAGGUGGGGUAAGAUGACACCACAAAGUGAUGUCCAAGUUGUUGUUCUGGGACCUUGAUACACCAACAACUUGUAUGAAAUGUGCUGCUGUCUUUGCAUUGUGAGAGUUUUGCUUCCUGUGGACGAUUCCUCCCCACUUUCCAUUUUAACCUAUGGCAAGAGCUUAGCCCUAGAAUUGUCAUUGGUGAUGUGACAAAUGAUGCUGAAGAUCAGUCUUCCUCAUCCCACAGUUCUCCUGAUGUGUUAAUCCAGGGGUGUCAAACUCACGGCAUCACGGCGUCAUCAUGUGAUGUAUCGGGACUUUUUUUUCCCCUUCGCUAAACCAGGCAGGGGCGGGGCCAGUAGGUGACACAUGCAGCCCACGGGCUAAGAGUUUGACACCCCUGUGUUAAUCUAUGGGUCCCAUCAUUCUCCAGCAGCAUGGCUGCUAUAGACUGAUUGUAGACAUAUUUCAACACAUCAUAAGAAUACCAGGUGGGAGAAGAUGGUCCAGAACUUUGGCCUAGUUCUCACCGAGAUGGUGAAAUUGUCUUGGACUGCACUUCUUGAGGCUGUAAGUUGAGAACCUUGUGAUGGGAAUGUGGCGUGCUCAAAACAAAGUGUUUGCAUGUAGAAAUUGGCAUGUGUAGGGAUAGGUUUCGUGACAUCUCAGUGGACAUACUAUCUUGCUAGAAGAAAGUCUUGUGUUAUUUGGAUAGAAUGGCAGUUCCUUUAUUUUAAGAGUAGCCUCUUACAGUUUGAAGUGGAAGAUCUUCACUAGAGAAGGGGUCUCCAACCUUGGCAACUUUACGACUUGUGGACUUCAACUUCUAGAAGCACAUGCUGGAUGGGGAAUUCUGGGAGUUGAAGUCCACAGGUUGUAAAGUUGCCAAGGUUGGAGACCCCUGCA